GUAACAGAUAUGAUGUGCUGUGAGGAGAGGAAGGGACUGCAGUCCUCUGGCUCUCUCACAAACUAACGAGCUCCGGAUCGAAAACUAGUCUCAACUGAAAAUAUAUUUUGUACAGAAGAACAGGCUUCGUUUACGCUUUGUCCUAGAUCUCUAGGAUACUAUGAUUAAAAUAAUAAUGCAACCGUUUUAAGUUACAUUUUAAAUUUGAAAUCUCGUUCAUAAUGUGGAGUAGAUCUACACUCAAGUUUAUCUUCGGUGUAUUAGCUGUGAUUAAAGUUCAGUCAGCCUCAGAAGAGCUGUGUCCUCGACAAGAGCCCCCUCCUGGAGUUUUGGUCUUGAAGUUAGGAAGCAAUGUUGUGCUUGGCUGCAGAGGCGGUGUCUCUGUGGACGGUGUGCCAUUGGCUUCGGCCAGUGUCACAAAUAAAAAAUACAGAAACAAGCAGACAGAAGACAUCACUGUCAGCUGGGCAUCCCAAAGAGGUGCAGCUAAUGCUACACAGCUAAUCAGUAUGAAUGGAAAUGCUAAAACUGAGACAUACAAAAAGUUUGAUUCUGGUAUGUAUUCCAAAGCUAAAUGGGACACAACAGUCACCGUUAAACCACCUGGAACUGUAAGAAAGGAACAAACCACUUCUAGACGUGUUUUGCGUGCUGUCAGUCAAACUACUGGAAAUGAGGAAGAGGUCUUUGAUAUAACCAUGGGGAAUGAUUUUCAUCAUGACUAUGAGGACUAUGAUUAUGAAGAUGAACGGUCCAGGGUGACAAGAGGCAUCAAAAAGCGAACACGCUGGACUCUCAAUGGACGACAGUUGCAUUCUGGAGUGGAAAGGGGAGGGAUUUUAAGACAGCCACAUCUCAGCGGGGCAGAUGCUGGGAAUUACAGCUGCUACAGAGGAGAGAGACUAAUUUCCACAUUCAGAAUCAGCGUAGGGGUGCCCCCAGAGAGUCCCACUGUCUACUGUUACAAGAAGUUUCACACCAGUAAAGUCCGCUGUGAUUGGACAUCCAAAACUCGAGUAACCCCACGGCCACUGUGUUACCUACUUCUUUUUAGAGAAUCGUUUGGUAAAGUUACUCCUGUACCUUGUUCAUUCUCCCGCUCCCGCUGCUGGUGUGCUUUUCACAUGGAGGAGGGUGACAGAGAUCUCUAUGGGGCUAAACUGUGUGUGUCUAACACAGUAGGCAGUGCCACAAGCCCUUACAUCAGUUUCAAGCUUCAUGAAAUCAUUAAGCCUGACCCUCCAACCUGUGUGGUGGUGAGAGCGGUUGAGGGCCAGAAGCAUAUGCUUAAAGUAUCCUGGUCUUAUCCCAGUUCCUGGAAGCAUGACUUCUAUACCCUGAAUUUCCAGCUGAGAUACCGACCACAACUCACAGAGCAGUUCCAGUCAGUGCUGAUAGAUGACAGGACUUCCUGGACAAUUUAUGAUGCUCUGCCACACACUCAGUAUGAAGUGCAGCUCCGGGCCAAGGAUGAGUUUGACGGUGUCUGGAGUGACUGGACUGACACUGUCUAUGCAGUCAGUUGGGCAGCUCCUGAGAUGACUACUACCUCUAAGAGCAUUACUUUGGAACACUUUGAGAUGUUUCCUGAAGGUUCAGGAGGAUCUGGAGAAGACCAUAUUGUAGGUAAGUCUGAGCAAGAAAGCAUGGGUUCGGGGCCAAUAAAUGGAGCUAAUGAUACUGACUAUGCUACAGUGUGGCUGUGUGUGUGUGUUUUUGGGCUGUGUUUUAUUGUAGUCCUCACCAUGCUCACAGUCUAUUUACUCAGGUAUAGGCUGCAUUUCAUGUCUAGAACAGGAAAACAGACUUUGCCCUUUGCAUUUCUCCUUCAUUACCCUCAGCCUUUUCCCACUCCUGCUCUUUCUGAACAGCUUCCAGAGGAGGAAAAGUCUCUGAUGUCUCCUCCAAAACACAGCCAGCAACAUUUCCUUCCUGUUCAGCAAGAGGAGCAGGAGGGCAUUCGUCUCAUUAACAUGGAUUAUGACAUGAGUAAACAGAAGAAACCCCACUGUAGUGUAUACAAUGAGACUGACUAAGAUUCACAUGCUGUUUUUAUGUAAUUCAGUAGACUAUUAUGAGUGUGAAAAGAAAUGUUGAGUGUUAUUGUAUAGACAAAGUAUUUAAUCUGUGACUACAUUUCAUCUGUUACUGUAUAUCAUUGAUAUUUUGACUACUUUCAAAACCAUUUGUAAAUAAGGGUUUUUUAAAUGUUGACCAUGGCAGUCUCA